AUGGACACAGACACAGGCAUGCACCAAAACCAACACAACAACCAACAGUUCAAAAUCCAGCACAACAACAACAACAACCAACACAACAACCAGCACAACAACCAGCACAACAACCAGCACAGCAACAACAACCAGCACAACAACCACCUCCACAACCAGCACAGCAACCAACAGUUCAAAACCCUGCACAACAACAACCACAAACAGAGCAAGGACAUAAAAGAAGUAGAGAACAAGGAAACCAAGAAUUCUUAA